AUGGUGGGUGUUGAGGCAGAGAGAGGAGCCGCCCUGGAUGGACAGAGGGACGGAGGGACAAGCAUCCAGCUGGUCGUGUCCGGCUGCCCGCAGCAGUCUCCGACACCCGCUGCUGCCUGCCCGCUGCCCGCCUGCCUGGCAUCUCUUGAUCCCGACCCCCUGGAGCACAGAGGGGUGGCUGUGGAGGGUAGGAAGCCAGGUGUGGGGUCCCACAGCUCCCCUCUUGACUCCCCGCCUCCACCCUUACCCUCUGGGCCCAGCUGUGCCAGGAUGAGGGUGGGGGUGGCAGUGGGCGCUCUAGGUCUGCAGGAAGCCACACUGGACAGAGGGGACCUCUCUUUCCCCCUCCCUCUGUCUCUUUCUCUCUCUCUCCUCCUGUUUCCACAGUGCUGUGCUGGGCUUUCUGCUGAGAGGUGCUGGGUGAGGCAGGUGGGCCUGCAGGGGUGCGGGGAAAGUCUGUCAGAUGCCCAGGGCUGUGGGUGGAGGGUACCCCCUGCUGUAAACACACUACCCACCAUGCUGGCAACUCUGAUCCCCUAUCCACUGCAGGCCCUGGGGCCCAGCUCUCUAGCAGGGGAGGGUGAAGUUCCCAUAUUCAUCCCUGGAGAGCAGGGAGUUGGAGAGGGGGAGGGCUCCUGGAUGAAGACACCAGGGCCUCAGCUCUUGGCAGAGCAACCAGGUGGCCAGUGCCACCUUCUGCUCCCUUCUCUGCUCGGGGUUGGAGGGGUCCUUUUCCCUCUCAUUCCCGACCCUUCCCCAAGGAUGCUGGUGUCCCCCUUACCGCAACCCCCAUCCUGGGUGGGCGUGGUGACUGGUGGACUCAGUAGCCUGUUCUCUCUCCCCAACAGGGAGGGCCCAAAGUAUGAAUGUAAUGGUGAGAUUCAGGCUUCCUUCCCGAGGCAGAGGCCUUUCAGGAGUAGCAGGAUUUUUUCUGGGAUCCAACCUGGGUCGUGGGCUGGUCCCAGAUUUAUACCUCGGAUGGGCCCCCGACAGGAGGAGAGUGAAUGAAAUUCUGUCAGUCAGACGUAAACGCCCUGAUGACCCUGCCUGGAGGAGCUGCAUUGGUCCUGCUUUGUGGAAGGCCCCACCCUUGGUUCCCAAUCCUGAACCCCAGUCCCUUGUCUGUCCCCUGGGGCGAUGGUCACCUCCUGUCUGCCUGCCUCCCAGGACCCUCUGAGAUGAGAAGGGGAAAUCUGCUAUUCGGCCAAGCCAGGGCUGCGCAGGCUGAGGGGUGGGGCUGGUCAGGUCGAGCUUCCACUCCGGCCUUGGUUUCCCUAGUUGGGCACUCCCUCUGAGGACAGGGCGGUGGGCCCAAGGAAGGGAUGCUGGGAAGGCACUCUGCCACCUCUAGGCACCACGUGAGUGAGACCUGCAUGGUCCAGGCUGUCCUCUCUCUCGCCCCUCAGGCCUGGGCCCCGCUCCCAGUUUCUGAGCAGCUCCCUGGCGAUUGCCUUGAGCCUGCUUCUAAUCCUUGCUGCACUUGAGGGUCACUGAGGUGUCUUAAAGACACACAAAGCCUGGAUCCCCUGCAGAUUGUCUGAUUCCAAAUUUCUGGGGAUGAGGUCCAGACAUGUUUACUUUUUGAAGCUCCCUAGGAGGCCCUGUUCUCCCUCACUGGGGUCUCUGAAAUACCAAGGCUGUGUUGAAUCCCUGCAGAACCCAGAAUCUCCUGGGAGAGGGGAGGGUGCUGGGCUGUGGGCCCCAGAGCUGGAGGCCAGAACUGCAGGGACCCUGGGCUGUGCAGGGAAU